CACCACAGGGCUUCUCAAAGUCAAAAUCAACUUCCCUGCUUUCAAUUCUCACCUGCUUCCUUUCCUUUGCAUUUCUCUCUCUCUCUCUCUCUCUCUUACAUUAUGACUAUCCUCUCUAAUUCUUUGGUUUUACCCACAAGUCUUCCAUUCCAAUUAUCUUCUUCUGGCUCACAUUUAAAGACAGCAGGGGGUGCUAGUCCCACAAACUUGUCAUUCAAUUGUAAUGGCUUAGGAAAACUGCAUCUUUCUUCCUCUAGAAGGCCAGUAGUAACAGUUCAAGCUUCCUACAGUGAUGGUGAAAGACCAAGCAGUGCAAGCAUCUUUGUUGGAGGUUUUAUUUUGGGAGGACUUGUGGUUGGUGCACUUGGAUGUGUAUUUGCUCCCCAGAUCAGCAAGGCAGUAGCUGGAGCUGAUAGAAAGGAUCUAAUGAAGAGACUACCUAAAUUCAUAUAUGAUGAAGAAAAAGCUUUGGAGAAAACACGAAAGAUACUGACCGAGAAGAUUGCUCAGUUGAACUCUGCUAUUGAUGAUGUUUCUGCUCAGCUUCGAUCCGAAGAUGCUCCGAAUGGAGUUGCGGUGAACUCUGAUGAAAUUGAAACUGCCAUAUGAAUGGGCUACCUUGUAUUAUUCAGAUGCUGUUUUAACACUUAACUGAUAUUGUCAUCCUCGGUAUGAAAUAAUAUGUGAAUUUAUUGUAAUUUUCCUGUUUUCAAGUAAACAGUCUGUCUCUUCACUA